CCCCAACCCCAGCAAGCCACUUCCUUAUGGGCCAGUGGCAGAGGCCAUAAGGUGGGGGCUUUGGAUGCUAAGAUCAGCAGUCCGAGGCCGGGCUGGCCCAGAGCAGACAUCCUCAGCCCUCAGGGAGGCGAGCCUGGCGCCAGUGUCUCAGAGGAAGUUGCUAGAGUUUGGAAAUCUCCCGUGCUGUGCAGAGUCCAGCCUCUCCCCUAGGCCGGGGCAGGGGACAGCUGUAGAAGAGGCUUCCUACCCAGCACCCUGCGGGUCUGCAUCUCUCCAGGCAGAAGCCCUGGUCCCACUACCACCCACCCACCUUCUUCCCCUGAGCCAUCCCGGGGGCCACAGAUCUGUGCCUUCUCAGAAGAUGCAUUUGCUUCCGAUACUACUGGCCACAGUGGGCCCCUGCUUGGGCCUGCUGACAGCAGCUGUCACACGCACUGACCCUGCCCAACUGGAUAGUCCUGGCAUGCUCUCCACCCACCGGCGCCAGAAGAGAGACUGGAUCUGGAACCAGAUGCACAUUGAUGAAGAGAAAAACACCUCACUGCCCCAUCACGUGGGCAAGAUUAAAUCGAGUGUGAACAGCAAGAACGCCAAGUACCUGCUCAGAGGAGAAUCUGUCGGCAAGGUCUUCCGGGUCAAUGAGAACACAGGGGACGUGUACGCUUUGGAGAGGCUAGACAGGGAGAAGGUCUCCGAGUACCACCUCACUGCCCUCGUGGUGGACAAGAACACCAACCGAGACCUGGAGUCUCCUUCCAGCUUCACCAUCAAAGUUCAUGAUGUGAAUGACAAGUGGCCUGUGUUCACUCACCGGUUUUUCAAUGCAAGUGUGCUCGAGAUGUCGACUAUGGGGACCCCUGUCAUCCAACUGACAGCAGUGGAUGCAGAUGACCCCACCGUGGGAGACCACACCUCUGUCCUGUACCAAAUACUGAAAGGAGGCGAAAAUUUUCGCAUUGAUAAUAAUGGAGUCAUUUCCACAAAACACAGUAACUUGGACCGAGAGGUGCAGGCCAGAUACGAGAUUGUGGUGGAAGCACAAGACGCCCAAGGCCUCCAGGGGGAGUCAGGCACGGCCACGGUGCUGGUCACUCUGCAGGACAUCAACGACAACUUCCCCAUCUUCACUCAGACCAAGUACACAUUUACGGUGCCUGAAGACAUCCGCGUGGGCAGCUCCCUGGGCUGUCUGUCUGUUGAGGACCCAGAUGAGCCCGAUAACCGGAAGACCAAGUACAGCAUCGUGCAGGGCGAGUACAGAGACACCUUCACCAUCGAGACAGACCACACCCGCAACGAGGGUAUCAUCAAGUCCAAGAAGCCCCUGGACUAUGAACACAUCCAGCAAUACAGCUUCACCAUCGAGGCCACGGACCCCACCAUCAACCUCCGCUACGUGGGCAGCAUCUCUGGCAAAAACAAGGCCCGUAUCACCAUCAAUGUCACAGAUGUGGACGAGCCCCCCGUCUUCCAGCAGCCCUUCUACCACUUCCAGCUGCGGGAGAACCUGAAGAAACCUCUGAUCGGCUCAGUGCUGGCCAAGGACCCUGAUGCCACGCGGCGGAACAUUGGAUACUUUAUCCGCAGGACCAGUGACAAGGGCCAGUUCUUCCAAGUAAACAAGCAGGGAAACAUUUUCAACGACAAGGAACUGGACAGAGAAGUCUACCCCUGGUAUAACCUGACUGUGGAGGCCAAAGAGCUGUAUCCCAGUGGGACCCCCACAGGCAAAGAAUCCAUUGUACAGGUCCACAUCGAAGUUCUGGAUGAGAACGACAACGCCCCCGAGUUUGCCGAGGACUACGAUGCCAAAGUGUGCGAGAACGCUCCACGGGGCAAGCUGGUGGUGCAAAUCUCAGCAACAGACAAGGACAUAACGCCAAGGGACGUGAAGUUCAAAUUUUCCCUGAGCACCGAAGACACCAACUUCACCCUCACAGAUAAUCACAAUAACACGGCCAACAUCAGAGUCAAGUAUGGGCAGUUUGACCGGGAGCACACCAAGGUCCACGACCUGCCCGUGCUCAUCUCGGACAACGGGAGGCCGAGCCUCACGAGCACUAACACGCUGCGCGUGGUGGUGUGCAAGUGCAACGACCGUGGCGAGUUCACCUUCUGUGAGGAGGCAGCUGCCCAGCUGGGCAUCAGCAUCCAGGCGCUGGUAGCCAUCUUCCUCUGCAUUCUCACCAUCACAGUGAUCACCCUCCUCAUCUUCCUGCGGCGGCGGCUCCGAAAGCAAGCCCGUGCCCAAGGCAAAAGCGCGCUGGAGAUUCAUGAGCAGCUGGUCACCUACGACGAGGAGGGCGGUGGCGAGAUGGACACCACCAGCUACGACGUGUCGGUGCUCAAUUCUGCGCGCCACGGUGGAGCCAAGCCCCCGCGACCCAGGCGGGACGUGCCGCCAGCAGUGUACGCGCAGGUGCAGAAGCCGCUGCGGCACGCGCCCCUCACCAAGCCCGGAGAGCCCGGGGACAUGGCCACUGUGAUCGAGGUGAAGAAGGACCAGGCGGACCAAGACAGCAGCGGCCUGCCUUACGACACGCUGCACCUGUUCGACUACGAGGGCUCCGAGUCCAUCGCGGAGUCCCUUAGCUCCCUGGGCACCCACUCCUCUGACUCGGAUGUCGAUUAUGACUUCCUCAACGACUGGGGGCCCAGGUUCAAGAUGUUGGCUGAACUGUACAGCACGGACUCCCGGGAGGAGCUGGGGUAUUAGGGGCUGCGAGCCUCUGGGCCUGGGGACCCAAACCACUGCAGCCCCAGCCGUUGGACACCAGCCCCUGAGCCCCCGAAUUACAGCACCGACACCUAGCCCAGCAGCCCUUCCCUGUGGGUCCCAGGGACCUCAUCACCUUGGCUCACAGACUGCAGGCCCCUGAAAUGUCCAGGAACGUAUUUCGGGGAUGGCUACCCCCAAAAUGCUGGAAAACCCAAGCUAGGGUUCUGCUUGGCUUGGGAGUCCGCAUAACCCACCACCAGGGCCACAGGCCCGACUCAGCGACUUUUUCUCUGGCUCCUCAAAGAGCUUAUGUUCAAUUACCAGGGAGAGGUCUUCCCCUGAGGGCCCUAAACCCUUUGGUGAUAGUGGUGCAGCCCUGGUGCCCGUCUGUGGGGAGCAGAGGGCAUGGGAACAUGACCUGCAGUGGCACUCUCUGCAGCCCAGCCCAAAGGGUGCCUGCCCUGCUUCACCUUCCUAACACCCUCCCAAGGCUCCUACCACUCCUAGGCCCCUCCCCAGGCCCGUCACGAGGGAGGAAGGGGCCUUGGCAGCUCCCAACCUUGGGUCCUCAGUGACCUCACUUGUCCAUCACACCUGCAACUGCACUGCACUGAGCGUUGAAAAUUCAACCGAAGUCAGGGAAACGGCUGGCUGAACCUUUUAGCAACUGUGAAUUCAUCUUGGAGGGACAGUGGAGACCACAUAUGACAGACCAUAGGGUGAGGGCCCCCUCCAUACCCACACUCCCUGGAGAGGGCCUAGCGCAGUGGCAACCCCAGUGUGAGACUCCCUGACACUCCUCUAGUUUUGCCUGGGAAGUGAGAAGAGAUGCUCCCGAGCGCAACAGCUUUUCCCAUCUCUGCCUCGCCUGGCCAUGCAUUCACACUCGCUCUUUUCUCUCUCCUCUUUAUCUCUUGACUGAGAGGCACUCAAGAUAUGACCCACAGCAACGAGCAACUCUGGCCAAUGUCCAAACCCAAACAUUGCUGCAAAAUGGAGCCACGCGAUUUGCCUUUACACCUCGUUGUUGCCACAUCUCAGGGAACCCCAGCAGGACCCCAUCCCUCAGGCACACCCUGCAAAAGGCACGGCCUCUGCCCUGCCCAAGCCCUGUAGUCCUAUGUGCAUCUCCCACUUCCAGCCACACAUGGCACCUCCUAGAACAAAGAGCUGGGAGAAGGGGCAUCACUCAGAGGCAGUGGCAGGAAAGGAGGCAAAUCCUCCAGCUCACUCUUGGUCAUGACUAAGGUUUCCACUCCGGCAAGGCCCCUCCCUUGUCAGGGGUUGUAGAUAACACUGACUUUAUUUUUAACCAAUAACUAGUUUCUUGUAAUUUUUUUUACUAAUAGUACUUAGACAUUUCUAGCUCUCACAAACAUAUAAGGUGGGGUUUAUUUGUUUGUUUGUUUUGCAUAAUAAGGUUGCUAUUUAGGUUAACAAUUUUAAUUCAGUUGUUUUAGUUGAAUAAACAAAUUCCUGUAACCUUCUAUUUCCUAUCAUUGUCAUGAUUGUUCUAGGGAUAAUGACUAUAUAUUGACCACACUGGUGCAUGA